UUCGAUUAAUUCCGUUCCACUGGUUCUGAUGUCCCGUGUCCAUCUGCCCCAUGAGCAACUCCUAUAUAACCUUCAGAUCUGCAGGUAUCAUGUGCACGAACGAACACUCUGAUUACCCAGUGACACACCCGUGCAAGUUAAGCUAGAACCGAUCGCCCCACACGUGACGAUGGGUGAGUCGCCUUCCUCCUCCCAUUUGCUCUUGAGAUGGUUCUUGGCGAUGGCGCUCGCCGUGCUCCUCCUGGCGCCUGCAACGGAGUGCGCCCGCGCCUUCUUCAUCUUCGGCGACUCGCUGGUGGACAGCGGCAAUAACAACUACCUGAUGACCACGGCGCGCGCCGACGCGCCGCCGUACGGGAUCGACUACCCGACGCACCGCGCCACCGGGCGCUUCUCCAACGGCCUCAACAUCCCCGACAUUAUAAGCGAGCACCUCGGCGCCGAGCCCACGCUGCCGUACCUGAGCCCGGGGCUCCGCGGCAAGAAACUGCUCGUCGGCGCCAACUUCGCGUCGGCCGGCGUCGGCAUCCUCAACGACACUGGUUUCCAGUUUCUGAACAUCAUCCGGAUCAACAGGCAGCUGGAGUACUUCGGCGAGUACCAGGGCAAGCUGCGCGCGCAGGUGGGCGCGGCCCGGGCGCGGCAGGUGGUGCGCCGCUCGCUGGUGCUCAUUACCCUCGGCGGCAACGACUUCGUGAACAACUACUUCCUCGUCCCCUUCUCCCUGCGCUCCCGCCAGUUCUCGCUGCCCGACUACGUCCGCUACCUCAUCUCCGAGUACAAGAAGAUCCUCGUCAGGCUGUACAUGAUGGGUUGCCGUCGCGUGCUGGUGACGGGCACGGGUCCGCUGGGCUGCGCGCCGGCGAUCCUGGCGGAGCGCAGCCGCAACGGCGAGUGCGCGGUGGAGCUGAUGCGCGCCGCUGAGCUCUUCAACCCGCAGCUGUCGCGCACCCUGGACCAGCUCAACCGCCGGUUCGGCGCGGGCACAUUCAUAGCGGCCAACGCCUUCCGCGUCCACUUCGACUUCGUCAGCGACCCGGCGGCUCACGGGUUCACGACGGCGAAGGAGGCGUGCUGCGGGCAGGGCCCCCACAACGGGCUGGGGCUGUGCACGGCGGCGUCGAACCUGUGCAGCGACCGGAGCAAGUACGUGUUCUGGGACGCGUACCACCCCACGGAGCGCGCCAACCGCGUCAUCGUGAGCCAGUUCAUGACCGGGUCGCUCGACUACGUCAGCCCCAUGAACCUCAGCACCGUCUUCGAGAUGGACGCCAGGUUACCCUGAGGAACCAACCGCGCGAGAGCUGCCGACCAAACUACGUUUGUGUGUGUAAGGGGCAUCAAUAAUGAUAGAUGCUUAUGGUCAGAUGUUUAUGGAAAUAGAGUAUAAUAUACACAUAUAUAUUAUAAUUUUUAAUAUAAAUAAUACUAUAGUGCUUAGAUAUAGUUAAUUAUUUUGUUAAAACUAAUAUAAAUAGCGGUGUUUAAG